AUCAACGUGAAUCAUAUUUCUUCUUUCCGACCACUGAAGAAAAUUGUGCAAAGAAAAACCCCAUAUAUAUAAACCAAACAAAACCUCCAUUCAAUUUCCAUGUGUUGCUGGCUAUGGCGUUGAAAGGAGCACGAAGGCGCGCAGGCUCCCGUCCCCGAUUGCGACGUCUCCGCGCUUCUAAAUCUGUCGGUAUUUCCUCCCUACCUCCCGCGUCCUGAUCGAUUUUGGCAUCCUGGGAUUCACCGGCAGUAGAACAAUCGGAUCGCGCUUACGACAGAGUGAUCCAUCGACGUGGCGGCGGCGAGGUCGCGGUCGUGGAGGCGAAUUUAGCUCCUGGACCGCGCGUUUCUAGGGCCCAAAGCGUCCAGGAGGAGAGAGCUCCAGCUCCACUGGCUCUCGGGAUCAUGAAUUUGCAUUGCCGGCCAGACGAUGACGAGGAUCUGUCCAGCCCACCGACAAGCUCCUCGCAGACGAGCAGCUCCGUGGCAAGCAGCGAGGAGGAGGAGGACUUUCUGGAUUGGACGUGCGAGGCUCGGCGCGGGGGAUCUCUCAAAGAGGUUGAUUUAGAGCGGGGGAGCCGCGGCUGGGCAUCUCCUCCAGGAAAUCUCUUCCAGGUCCGGGGAGCAAACUACUUCGCGAAGAAAUCCAAGGUUCCUGCGGGUGACUGGCUCUCCAAGCCAGUCGGCGUGGAUUGGCUGCGCUCCUCGGCCAGGCUCGACCACAUCCUGGGAAGAAGCUCCGGCAACCGGAUCGUCAAGUCGCUAGAACAAGCUCACAGAUCCGGGGAUGGUCUCAAGACUUUCCUCCUGGCGAUCAACCUCCAAGUUCCCGGGAGAGACAACCACAGCGCGGUGUUCUACUACGCGGUGGAGCAGCCCAUCGUGCCCGGCUCGCUGCUCCACAAGUUCAUCCACGGGGACGAUGAGUUCCGGAACGGCCGAUUCAAGCUCAUCAACCGGAUCGUCAAGGGCCCCUGGAUCGUCCGCGCGGCGGUCGGCAACCACGCGGCGUGCUUGCUCGGCCGAGCUCUCACUUGUCGCUACUGGAGAGGCCCGAACUACCUGGAGAUCGACGUAGACAUCGGCUCCUCCACGGUCGCUAGCUACAUCUUACACUUGGCUCUCGGCUACGUCAACUCGGUCUCGGUGGACAUGGCCUUCCUGGUGGAGUCGCAGAGCGAGGAUGAAUUGCCGGAGCGGCUCAUGGGAGCUGUCCGGAUAGCUCAGAUCGACAUGAAGUCGGCAGUGUUUGUGGAGCCAGAGCUCACGGGGUGGGUGGCGCCAUCGCCCACGACGACGAUCACGCCCGGGACUUCACAGGAAAAGUGUGCGAUGAGCUCGAGCCCUUUGCAGUCGAAUCUGUCGUGGAAGAAGCUGAGCCGGGGAUUCUCGCUGCUGGCGCACACUUCCAAAGUUGCUGGCAAGGUGGACGACGAACACACAAGGUGCGAGAAGAAUGGAUUCGAAUGAAACAGUGCGUUUGAUCGCUCGCUGCUGAACAAACGUGAUAAUCUUUUGUAGUUGACGAGGUUCUUCUUUUAUUGAUUUGCUCUGUUCAUUGCAAAUUUAAGAUGGAUGAUGAUCGAUUUCGAUCAAGUGCGAAGUGCAGGAAAUAGAAUCGUCUCGCUUUUCGUC